UGAUGCUUGUGGUGAAAGUGUGGAUGUUGAAUGAUGUUUUAUAGUACCAAUGCUUGGCUUCAGCUUAUUGUACUCUUACAUUAGCUGAAUUUGUUGCAGAUUUUUUGUGCCUUUAUCCACUUUUCAUUAUAUGCUUAAACUGUUCAUCACCUGUAGGACAAGCUGCUGACUGUGCAUUAUUUGUUGGUAUCAUGAUUAUCUGAAAAACAGUUGAUAAAAACUAACGAUUCUCUUGGUUUGGAGAACUAUUGGCUUGACGGGAAAUUAUUUAUUCGAGCGCAUCAAGAACUAUAAAGUCCAAAUCAUUUUGGUCUUUUUCAGGAGCAUUAAAAAGGUGAAACAUUCCAGAAACGGCAUAGUUAUUUAUUGAAAGACUGCAAUUAGUACAGCGCCAUUUCAAAUAUACCUUUUUCCCUAUUUUCGAGUUGGCCUUUUGAUUGACAGAUUGAUUGACAAAUUGUGAUUGAAUGACAUGAGUGGGCGGAGUGUGUCUUCUGUUGCGAGUAGACACCAGUUGGAGGACCUUCUCGAGGAGAGCGGGGAGGGGGAGGACUAUUUGAGUGGCGAAGAAAAAGGAUUUGGGAAAACCCUCAAAUUUGGCAAAGAUACUUCUUUCCUUUCUAAAGCCCUCUUGCGAGAAGGAGACAAGUCCGAUUCCUUUGACAAAUGGGAUCAACAAGAUCCCAAAAAAGGAAUGACCAAAUCCCAUUUUCCCGACCCAGGUCAUUCGGCUUCACGAGCACGUCGACGUACUGAACUCGAAGAAAAUCGAGACUCAAAAAGUUCACUUAUCAAAAAAGAUGACACCUUUUCGACUUUCACCUCGAAAUCCAAAGCUUCCGAAAGUCCUCCAAGGACUAAGAGUUCCUUGGUGUCUUUGGAUGAUGCCGACUUUCUUAAAGAUGCCAAAAGUCCGAGGUCCCCUCUUCUAAGAUCGAACGAAAGUAGCCCCAGAUCCUCGAAAUCACCACAAGGUCGCCUAUCCCCCCUUAGUCCUGACUCGAGCAUGGCAAUCGACUUUCGCAAGAAAUCCGACAUAUCUUCGAAAAAACCAGGUUCCACCACUAAAAGUGUUUCACCUCUAACUUCACCUAAAACACAACCGAGAAAAAAUAAAUUGCCGCUUAGUUUUGAUAAAUCGAAAACGGAAGAACUUUCACAGAAAUCCGAUCAUAAGUCUGCUAAGUUUGGAGAUUCUGGAGAUUCCUUCGGCGACGUUCAGAAAUCGAGAGAAGGCAAAACGCCAAGAGAUUCGAAUGAAGGGUUCUCUUGGGUGUCAACCCUUACCGAAUCCAAAGCAAAGAUUACUUCAAAAAUCGAGGAAGAAUCACGACCACGCAAAAAAUCCACAGAUAAAUUCUUGGAUGAUUUAUUUGGAGCUAAGGGCAAAGAAGAAGACGACAAACAAUCUCUUUCGCUUUUCGGUGACACAAAAGAAAAACUCAAGUCGUCCCCGUCCUUAUUUGACGAUGACGAUGAGGUCUCGACAAGACAGGGAAGGAAGGGUGGAUCACGUGACUCAGAGAAAACUGAAAGUCUGUUUGACAAGAAACACAAAAGUGAGUCGCCCGAAAAGACAGAAAAAUCUGGCAGAGUGUAUCGCGGAGAGAGUAAAUCCCCGGUUCCAGCUAAAAGAGGCGAGGGUAAGAAGUUGGAAGGGGAAAGGAGUCAUUCGGAUUUGAGGCCAAAGAUCAAAUCGAGAGAGGAGCGAUUGCGAGAAAAAGAAGAGAAUCUGAAAGCUUCUCAGCAGAAAUCGGUGUUAGACGUCUUAGAUUUCUCCUCUGUGAGUUUGAGACCAAAUUACUUCAAGCUAGGAGAGGCGGGUCCAGUGGAAGGAGAGGGAGAAGAAGAUGAAGCCGGCGUGAAAAAAUUGACGAAGAAAAAGAAUGAAGAUGCAGUGGAGGAAAAGGGAAACCUGAGUGGCACUUCAUCACCAAGUCACAGAGCCAG